GUAUUCAAGUUUUUAUAAUUAGUGACUAGCUACGACAACCACUACGCCUAACAAGCUGUGCUUUAUCUUUCGUCCAUGCUACGCUGAGGUUUUGGAGAAUCUUGUGUUUCGCAUUAUCGUCUUAAUCAAUAAUUUACAUUUUUGGCGUUGGUUUUGUGUAAAAGGCUGAAAAUUAAAAAUUGUCGGUUACCAAAUCGGCUAAAUUAGAAUAUGCGAGGCAGAUCCGGAAGGCGGUCUCGUAGCAGAGAGAGAAGGAGAUCCAGAAGCAGGGAUUAUGGACGCGAUAGAGGAUAUGGUGGAGGCGGGGGAGGACGUAGGAAUCAAGCUGGAUCUAAUUUGAGAAAACCUCGUUGGGAUUUAAGCCGCCUCGAACCUUUCAAAAAGGAUUUUUAUAUACCGAAUCCCGCAGUUUCAGCCAGAUCGUAUUAUGAAAUUGAAGACUGGAGAAACAGUAAGGAAAUAACUCUUCGUGGGAAAAAUAUACCAAAUCCAGUCUUUACUUUUGAAGAAGCUGGAUUUCCAGAAUAUGUCAUUAAUGAAUUGCAUAAAGCUGGCUUUAAGGCACCUACACCUAUUCAGGCACAGGGUUGGCCUAUAGCUUUAUCUGGUAAGGAUAUGGUUGGAAUAGCAUCCACUGGGUCUGGCAAAACUUUAAGUUAUAUUUUGCCAGCUAUAGUUCACAUAAAUAAUCAGACCAGAUUAUCUAGAGGAGAUGGCCCCAUAGCCUUAAUUUUGUCUCCAACUAGAGAACUGGCUCAACAAAUACAGCAGGUUGCUAAUGAAUUUGGCAAAACUUCAAAAAUUCGUAACACAUGUGUGUUUGGAGGAGCCCCAAAAGGUCCUCAGGCUCUUGAUCUUAUGGAUGGUGUUGAGAUUGUUAUUGCCACUCCUGGCCGACUGAUUGAUUUCCUAGAAAGUGGUAGAACUAAUCUUAAAAGGUGCACCUAUUUGGUGCUUGAUGAAGCAGAUAGAAUGUUGGAUAUGGGUUUUGAACCUCAAAUUCGCAAAGUAAUUGAACAAAUUCGGCCUGACAGACAGACAUUGAUGUGGUCUGCCACUUGGCCAAAAGAGGUGCAAAAUCUAGCCUCUGAAUUUUUGAAAGAGUAUAUUCAAAUUAAUGUGGGAUCAUUGCAACUUUCGGCCAAUCAUAAUAUUCUACAGAUUAUUGAUGUAUGUCAGGAUUAUGAAAAGGAAUCGAAAUUGAGCACAUUGCUGCGAGAAAUAAUGGCCGAGAAGGAUAACAAGACUAUAAUAUUUAUGGAGACUAAAAGAAGGGUUGACGAAGUGACUAGGAAAAUGAAACGGGAUGGAUGGCCUGCUGUGUGCAUCCAUGGUGAUAAAACUCAACAAGAAAGGGAUUGGGUGUUACAAGAUUUUAGAACAGGCAAGGCACCAAUACUUGUGGCAACAGAUGUGGCAGCUAGAGGAUUGGACGUGGAAGACGUGAAAUUUGUUAUAAAUUUCGACUACCCCUGCAACUCGGAGGAUUACGUACAUCGCAUAGGCCGUACCGGUAGAUCGCAGAAGACUGGUACCGCGUACACGUUUUUCACCCCGCAGAAUUCGAACAAGGCAGCCGAUUUGGUCGCCGUUUUAAAAGAGGCGAAGCAAGUGAUUAACCCGAAACUGCAAGACAUGGCGAACAAUUGCAACUCGAACAGCGGCGGUCGCGGUAGAUGGCGUCGCGGCGGGGGCAGGAAUCGAGGACAGCGUACCCCCUCGAGAUCACCGCCACCGAAAAAAGGACGCAGAAGCCGUAGCCGUUCACGAGACAGGCGAAGGAGGCGGUCUUAUUCUUACAGCAGCAGUUCCUCCAGUUCUUCAAGGUCUCGAAGUCGAUCGCCGGCAAAAGCGUCCGCAUCGAUUAAAUCCGGAUCGUCAUCCCAGCAAGCCAACAAAUUAGAGGAGACACGUUCAGUUCAGAAUCAGAAUCGCCUGCCAUCGCCUCCAAAACAAUUUGGUGACGCUCAGCAGAGGCCAAAGUAUCAGUCUGCGAAUCCCGCCCUCCAAAAAUUCGCCGCUCUGCAGAAUCAGCUGCAACAACAAAAGCAGAUGGAGGCCCAAGCAAACCAUCCUGACGCGUUGUCGAAUCGAAACAGUUCGCAGCAAAGACAACUUCAAAUGAGUCAAAUGUCGAACCAUUACAGUGUGCAACAGAAUCACAUGCUCAGUCAGUAUGGACAGAAUCAACCGCAACAGCCACCUUUGCCGCCAAUGCAGAGCAAAACUGCUCAGCCUCCGCCACCUCCUCCACCCAAUCAUUCUGCACCACCUCCUAAUAUGAUGUCAUUCCAAAAUCAUAUGCCCCCUCCUUCGGGCAAUGCACAGUACGGAUCUUUUCAGUUGAAUCCAGGAACGUUGAUGUAUAACGCACCUCCUCCUCCGCCUCAGGGAGGCGGACAGAAUCAGCAGAUGUAUUUCCAUUCAUAUGUCCCGCCGCCGCCUCCAACGUCUCAUUAGUGACACGUUUAGUAUGACAAUUUGAAAAUGAUAAAGGCGAUGAGAAAGCCAGGUAAGGCUUGGUGAUCGAGAUUAGAAAUUUUUAUUUAGUAAGGGACAUAUUAUAGAGAGACAUAUCUCGUCCGAGGUUCCAAUUAAGAAUAAUUAUAAUUAUUGACGAUUUUGUGCAUUAUUGUAUUAUAUUUAAUAUCAAUUGUAUUUUAUUCCUUUGAUAUUUCCUUAAUUUCAUUUCUUUGAUCCUAAGGACCAUUUUGUAUUGUAAAAAUAGUGGUAUUUUUAAUUAAACCAAUCAGAUCGGAAUUGGAAUGAGUUUUGUUUGCUAUGAAAUUGUAAAACUUCUUUUUUGCGAGUGCAAAUUGCGAUUCGACAGCGACAAGCAAAUGAAGUCAGUGAAAGAGAUGUCCCUUUGCUUCAUGACAGGUCAACUGUUAAGACGAGGAAGCGCGUUAAGUUGGGAGGCAGAGAAACUUUUACAAUAUUUACUUAAUGCCAGGUAUAGUCUGUCUCAAUCUUUAUCGUGUUGGCUUCGAAGGCUACAUAUAAUCGGAUAUAUAACUUUGGUAAAUUUUUAUGAAGGUCUAAACGCAGGCCUACCUCCCUUGGAUUUCUCUUUGUAACCCUCAAUAGAUAGAUUCGCAAUUCCACAAUGGCGUUCCAGAACCGAAUUUAGAUACUUCGUGCAUACAAAUGCUGAAAGCUGACUGAUUUGUGAAGGUUUUUGUAUCGACGCGGAAAGUAAAUCCUACCUUGCAUGUUUAAUCCCAACCGACUAGGUGCCGUUCUCGUUCCUUUUGGUCGAUUGUCUUUUGAAAAACAAGAAACGCGCACAGCAUCGCAAAAAAAAUAGCCUGGCUGAACCAGGCUAGAAGUUCGCCAAAUCUAUAAUAAUAAAAAAAAACUAAUUGAUACUCACAAUUUACCCGAAAAAUAUUCCUCU